AUGCCUCGUCGCGCAGCUUCUCCGACGCCGUCCGACGGUGAAGUCGACAUUGCGGACUCUCUUUUCAACACCAACGCCGACGACAACGGAAGCGAAGGCGGGCAGGAUGCGGGCUUCGACUUUGACGUUGACGGCAUUCUGAACGGUGGAAACGAGGAGCAGGGCGACGAUGACGGUGACGCGGCUUUCAUCGCGCUGCAGCAGGCUGCUUCGUUCCGCAAGUCCUCCAACCUGAAGGGCAAAUCGGUCAAGAAGGGCGGUGGUUUCCAGGCCAUGGGUCUGAACGCAAACCUCCUCCGCGCGAUCACGAAAAAGGGUUUCUCCGUGCCUACUCCGAUUCAACGAAAGACUAUUCCUUUGAUCCUCGAUCGCAAAGAUGUCGUGGGCAUGGCCCGAACCGGUUCCGGAAAGACUGCGGCCUUCGUCAUCCCCAUGAUCGAGCGCCUCCGCGCCCACAGCGCCAAGAUCGGCACCCGCGCGCUGAUUCUGUCGCCUUCUCGUGAAUUGGCUCUCCAGACCUUGAAGGUUGUCAAAGAGUUCAGCAAGGGUACGGAUCUGAAGUGCGUCCUGCUCGUUGGUGGUGACAGCAUGGAGGAGCAGUUCGGCUUCAUGUCCUCGAACCCUGAUAUUGUUAUUGCCACACCUGGUCGUUUCCUCCAUCUCAAGGUCGAAAUGGGUCUGGAUUUGUCUUCGAUCAAGUACGUCGUGUUUGACGAAGCCGAUCGUCUUUUCGAAAUGGGUUUCGCUGCCCAGCUUACCGAAAUUCUCCACGCCCUCCCGCCGUCGAGGCAGAGUUUGCUCUUCUCUGCUACUCUUCCAGCUUCCUUGGUUGAGUUUGCCAGGGCUGGUCUGCAGGACCCUAGUCUAGUCAGACUGGACGCUGAGACAAAGGUUUCUCCCGACCUCGAGAGUGCUUUCUUCUCGGUCAAGGGUGCCGAGAAGGAGGCCGCACUGUUGCACAUUCUGCACGACGUUAUCAAAAUGCCCAUGGGCACCCCUGAUGGAGUGCCUCUGGAUAUUGCGCAAUCGAAGAAGAGGAAACGCGGCGAGGGAGAUGGAAAGGGCAAGCCCACAGAGCACUCCACUAUCAUCUUCGCCGCCACCAAGCACCAUGUCGAAUACUUGGCGCAGCUGCUUACAAAGGCUGGAUUUGCGACGUCUUACGUAUAUGGUUCCUUGGAUCAAGAAGCGCGUAGGAUUCACACAGAAAACUUCCGCCAAGGACGCGCAAACAUCCUGGUGGUCACGGAUGUCGCUGCCAGAGGUAUCGAUAUUCCUGUGUUGGCCAACGUCAUCAACUACGACUUCCCCCCGCAACCCAAGGUCUUCGUCCAUCGUGUCGGACGUACGGCUCGUGCCGGUCAGAGAGGUUGGGCUUAUAGCAUUGUUCGCGAGCUCGACACCCCUUACAUGCUGGACCUCCAGCUCUUCCUUGGCCGUAAGUUGGUUGUUGGUCACGGAUCAGAAAAGCCUUCCUUCUCUGAGGACGUCGUCGUCGGCGGCCUUUCCCGUGACAGGAUUGAAAUCAAUAUGGAGUGGAUGAGCAAGGUGUUGAAGGAGGAGGUCGAUAUCGAGGCCCUCCGCAAGGUCUCUACCAAGGCCGAGAAGCUGUACCUGAAGACCCGUCACUCAGCAUCUUCUCAGAGUGCGAAGCGUGCGCGUGAGAUUGUCGGAUCUAAGGGUUGGAACGAAUUACAUCCCCUAUUCGGCACUGACGCCAACAACGCCGAGCAGGCCCGUAACGAGAUGAUGGCCAAGAUUAGCGGUUUCAGACCAGCUGAGACCAUCUUCGAGAUUGGAAGAGGAGGCAAGGGGUCCAACAGCGAGGCGGCGGAAAUGAUGAAGCAACUGCGAAAACGCAUCAAGCCUCACCGCGGCAACAAAAAGGAAGAGGUCGAUUCCGAUGACGAAAUGGGAGGCGUCGGUGGUGGAGAGGCAUAUGACGAUGAGGAUGACGCCUCAGAGGACGACAAAGGAGACGCCAUGCAAGUCUACAAUUCCGACGACUCCGACGACAACGACGGUCUCGAAGUCACAAUCACCGACAACAGCGAAAAGAAGAAGAAGCCCACAUCAUGGCGCGACGAAGAGGUCUUCAUGUCCUACACCCCCCGCACAAUCAACGCCGCCGAAGAACGCGGCUACGGAAUCAGCACCGGCGCCCAAACGUCCAGCUUCAUCGAAGCCGCGCGUGAUGCGACCAUGGACCUCACAAACGACGAGACGGCCAAGGGCUUCGGCGAGCCGACGAGGACCCUCGGCAAGCGCUGGGACAAGAAGCAGAACAAGUACGUCUCGCGCGCCAACGACGAGGACGGAUCCAAGGGCAAGAAGUUCAUCCGCGGCGAGUCGGGUGUCAAGAUCGCCUCCACGUUCCAGAGCGGACGCUUCGAUAAGUGGCGCAAGGCCAACAGGCUCGGACGCAUACAGGUCGGUGGCAUGGAAAGGCCGAACGUCGGGGCCCAGGAGCAGUCUGGACCGCGGUACAAGCAUAAGCUGGAGAAGGCGCCGAAGCAGGCCGACAAGUACCGCGACGACUACGAGGUGCGCAAGAAGAGAAUCGCAGAGGCGAAGGAGAAGAGAAUUGGACAGUUCAAGGACGGUGCUGGUAGCAGAAAGGAGCUCAAGGGCGCUGAAGAUAUCCGGAAGGCGAGAUGGGAGAAGCAGAAGAAGAUGGAGAAGAAUGCCCGUCCUUCAAAGAAGAAAUAG